AUGACUGAUUUGAAAGAGGCUGUGGUUGAGGCAGAGAGGGCGCUCCGCAAGUUGCGGGGCCGUAUUCUGGCGGAGCGGGCGGGGGCAGGUCAUGAGGAGACAAUGGCCGCCAUCGAGUGCGCCCAGGAUGCUUUCCGCAAAAGGUUCGACCGGCCGCGCGCAGCGGGCAGGAAGCGUUUGCCCGCGAAACGCCUGAGUACGUUGGCGCGGUCAGUGAAACACCAGAAACGGAUGCGCAAGGUGGCGGAGACAGCUCUGCGGAAGGAGAGAGCGGACAAGAUGGGCAAUCGCAUCCAGAGCAUUUGGUACGUGCGGGCUGCUAUGGCAGACCCGACGGUGCCAGCCCGAACGCUAGAGUCAUUCUUCCGGGAUUUUCCGGCGCAGGAAACAAAGAACAUCUCGACAUUCAGCAUCUCUCGUGUCCGCGAUGCGAUUGCGGAGAUAAUAAAGAAGUUGAACCGCCGCAGGAUAGAACUCGCGAUGGCCAGCAUGCCAGCGGGCUGGCACGCGAGAGAAACGCACCCAGUGUUCAUUCGCCAUAUACACGACGAAGCGUGCAUGAGGAUGAACUCUUUCAUGAAGGACGAAGACGAGCGGUACAAUUUGCACGCUCCUGUCGUACGCGCUCGCUCCUCCAAAGUCCAGAAUGACGUGGUCAGCGUCCACUUCCAGGAUUCAGCGUUGGAGCACUUUGUCGAGUUGAAGCCAUUGGCGCGCAAGAGCGCCAAGACGAAUGCCACGAGCCUGAUCUGUGUGUUGAGCGAUGUCGUCUCUGCGCUGUGGCCGGGCGUUCGGAAUCCGCACGGCGGUCGCCUACGUCUGAUCCAUGUUGUGAUGGGCGACGGGAUCAGCACGAAUGCGAGCGCUGUGCGUCGGGUGUGGCGGUUCAUGAAAGAAUCAGGCUUGCCCAUGCGUUAUUCUUUGGUCGUGUGGAGAUGCGCCUCCCACGUUGCCAACCUGGUGGUGAUGACAGCCAUCUGCGGCAGAGUUGUCUCCCGACCCGUGGGGAGAGAUCGCUUGUGCGAUACGUGUAGCAAGUUCUACAAAUAUCUGCUGGCUGACUACCAGGAGGAGUUUGCCUUCCAUCUCCGCAGGUACGUCGUUGACAACUUUCGCCUGGUCCCCUUCCCCGAGCACCACGACGCUCUUCGCGGUCGGGCCCAGGCCAGAUUGUUGCAGCAGCUGUACGGGAAGAGGGCCUUGCCAGAUAAGUUGCUGGACUUCUUCAAUGGGCGGUUGGGGUCGCUCGAGCAUGUAGGCCCGCACACUUCAGAUAUGAAGGCUUUGCAGUCGGAAGCGUACGCCUUGAUCCAGAAGUACUGCUUCAAAGUGGAAGACAACCCCGUGGUAACGCGGUUCUUUUUUCUCUUCGCGGAUGCAGAGUUCGGUUUCCUACGGUUCUCGAUGCUUAAUGUGCCAGUUGGCGUCCUCAGCACAGGUUGCGUGGUACCCAGGCAGGACUCGCAGGAACGCUUGAAGUUUCUCCGCGAGCUCCUCGCCGACCCUGACUGCCAGAAGCACCUGCACAAGGUUGCCUUAUGCUUGCGCGUUGCCCUCUAUGCGACGUGUCUUACUGCGCAAUCGGCCGACCUGGAAGGCCGCCCGCCGCUGGUGGCGCGGCUGGGAGACGGGGAAGUACAGGCCAAGACGACGCAGGACCUCGCAGAGAUGCUUCCCCUUCUGGGUUCGGACCCAGAGCUCGACGUGGCAGACGCGGUGAAGGCGUUGCUGACCACCCAGACGCAUAUCCACAUCAGGUUCUCCUCCUUCAACGGGUACCCCUCGAGAUUGUGGAAGUUGUGCAGGAAGUACAACCCUGUUUCCUAUUCGUCAGCGAUAGAGGACGCCGUGUCGCACCCCGUUGUGAAAUCUUGGCUGGCUGCCCAGCGGGCGAUCGAAGCGUCGACGAAGUCCGCCACCUCUCGCGCGCGGCCUCUUGGUGAUGCCGUGUGCGACGAGAUCGUGUCGGCGAAGACCCACGUGGCGGUGGCGGCUGGCGUCGCGCUCCCCGAAAUGGGUGCGCCCGCGGAGGAUGAGAUAACCGCUCUGCAGGCCGUGGGCAAGGUGAUCGUGGCGCAGAUGAAGCGAUCGCCAGAGCCGCAGUCCGCCUGCGGCCUGGUUGCCGCCGCGCCCCCCGCGUUCCAGAAGGACGACAUCAUUGUCUUGUCCGUGAAGAAAUACAAGGAGACUUACAACGGCAAGAAGGCCAAAGUGCUGCUCACCAACACGCGCCAGGUGAAGGUCGAGCUCGUGGAUGGCAAGGAGGUGAAGUGGUUCAGCAAGGAGUGCUGCAAGGCCAUCGUGCCCGCGGGCGGGGCGCCCGAGGCAGCGGGGAAGCGGCCGCAGCCUGAUGGCCAGGCCGAGGGGGCGAAGGCAAAGGCCCCGAAGCUCGCCGGAGACUCUGCGAGUGCGGACAGCCAGACACUUGUCCGGGAUAUGUUUGGCAUGCUGAAUCAGAGCUGA